UCAGGGCAUAAUGAUAAGUUUCCCUGAAAAGAUGGAAACAAAAGCGUUAUGUAUUGUUACCCUUUUUCUCUGUGGAACAAUUCAAUUAGCGAUUUGCAGAUCAGAAGAGAAAAGCACAGCAAAAACGAUAAUGGAAGGAGGUGUUUAUGAUCUCCGAGGAAAUCACAUCAGUGGAGAGAUCGAGAGUCUUGCUCGAUUUGCCAUUCAGGAACAUAACAAACAACAGAACAUGGUUCUUGAGUUCACGAAGAUUGUAAGAGCUAGAGAGCAGGUAGUUGCAGGAACGAUGUACCACUUAACCCUAGAAGCAAAAGAAGGUGAUCAGAUGAAGAAUUUCGAAGCCAAAGUAUGGGUGAAGCCAUGGAUGAACUUCAAACAGUUGCAAGAGUUUAAGGAAACUUCUUCUUGAAAAUUCACUUGUUUAAAGGUAAGUAAAACAAACAACUUAUGCAUAACUUGAUUACAAAUGUGUGUGUGUGUGUGUGAUGUGUUUUAGUGCUAUUAGGCAAAACCUGAAGUUAAUGUAAUCAAGAAACUUGUUCUUAUGUCCUGCAAACUUGUUCAGAUGGUAAA